AUGGCAUAUCACGACAUCAGCCCCGGGAAUAUCAACUCAGUCACCGAGAAGCCUGGCGAUCUUUUUGACGCCCCGCCACGGUCAGCCUUGAUUCAUGCAUGCAAUGCUAGGGGAUCAUGGGGAGCAGGAAUCGCACGCGAUUUUGCCCGAAAUUAUCCCUGGGCCUACGCGAAAUAUCGAGAGUACUGCUUGAAGUGGAAGGGCGAGAACAAAUUUCACGACAUCCUCAAUCUGCACGCUACUGGAGACCAAGCGAAGACCAUCUCGGUCCGGUUUCCUGUUGGUACAGCGCUCAUCAUUUAUCCUGAAACAUGGUUUUCGGAGCCUGGGGUGAGGCCCUGGGUCAUCUGUUUAUUCACGUCUGCUGAUUAUGGUAAUCGGGUAGAUUCGCCUGAAAUGAUUCUCAAUAACACCAAUGCCGCCCUUCAUGACCUGCGGCAAAGGCUUGAUUUAGGGAGAAAGCAGCAGUCUGAGUCUGCUCAUAUUGAUCAGCUUUACGCAUGUCGUUUCAAUUCGGGACUGUUUGGUAUUCCAUGGGCGAAAACAAAGGAGCUGGUCGAUAGAGUGUCCUUGGGCUUGCCCCUAACUAUUGUUUACCCACCAGAGGAAGCCGCGAGGAGACCAGAGCUGUGA